AGGAGCAUGCUUGCCCUCCUGUGGUGCACUCUGGAACUGCCAUGAAUGCUGCCUUUGACCUUGGAAAUCAAGACAUAGAAGAAGAAGAAAAAUCUUCCUGGAGCAUUAUGAACCCCAUCAUGGGUGACCCCACCUUGAAUGUUGAAGGCGUCCAAAUGCGUGUGGAAGCCCUGGAGCUGAUGGUGUUGUCCCUGCGCAGGCAGCUGGCCAGCCAAGGGGCCAUGGUGAAGUCUCUUCAGCACAACUGUUCCCAAUAUGAAAAACUCUUGAGGUUGUCUCAAGAGAAAAACAAAGCAUCCAAACCAAUGAUGCCAGAACUGGUCAGCACUGAUGGAACCCUAGUGUGGAAGGUGGAGAACUUCUCCAAGCUCAUGAAAGAGGCCAAAGCGGGAGGGAAACGUUCCAUCUACUCUCCAGCCUUUGCCACCCACACCUUUGGGUACCACCUCUGUGUCCGGCUAUAUCCUGACGGAGAUGGCAUUGGCCAGGGAGGUCAUCUUUCCCUCUUCCUCGCCUUGGCCAAAGGACCCUACGAUGACAUCCUGCCCUGGCCCUUUCGGCAAAAGGUGACCUUCUCUCUCCUGGACCCUACAAGGAAGAAGUCGCCCAUCAUGGAGACCUUCCUCCCGGAUCCUCAAAGCUCCUCCUUCCACCAACCUCGGGAGAGGUUGAACGUGGCUAGUGGGAGCCCUCUUUUUGCCAGCCACGUUGAGAUCCCCAACUACCUUAAAGAUGACACUCUCUACCUAAAAGUGGUGGUGGAUUUGGCAGGGAUGGAAAUUUGAGAUUCGAAGGCAGUGGAGACGUGGAGGGAAAAUAUAAUGAUUUUUCUCUGGUCUACCAAAUUCUUGCCUUUUUCUUCCAAGGAACCCAUCAACCUAUCCUGAAGUUCUUCAGCUCUGCUAUCAAACCUUAAAAACAACAACUUCAUCCACUACAGUUCCAAUUCUGAUAUGAGUAUAUACCUACCUCUCUAACAUCAGUACAUAAUUUGGGCUGUGGGUCAUGGGAUAUGACUCUCCCGGAUUCACUCUUAGCCAGAAUUUUGAGGAUCUUGUAGAAAAAUAUCCCUUAUGGCUCUUUUAAUUAGCAAAUUUUGGACAAUAUGUGUUGGUUAGAUAAUAUGUCGACACUAACAGAAUGUCUGGAAUCUUGAAUCAUUUGUCAAGUUGAACCAAAUCACAAAAAAUGUGGAUUUUUUUGUUAUGCUGCUUCAGAUUUACUUUGAGUACAUUUCAGUUUCAAAGAUGCUGUGAGCUGGAAGAUUGCUUUUUGAUGUUUUCUUACAAUCACAUCCAUUGUUGAAAAACAAAAGAAUAUUUUGGAAAACGCAUUUCUUAUUUAUACUUGAUUGUUUCCAUAACACUUCAUAAAGGACCAUUAGGGCUUUGCAAUAAUUACUAAGGAUUCUGAGACAUGUGUCCUUGGAUAAAAUGAUUCUUUCUACCUCAUAUUUCUUAUGAUAUUUAUUGAUUAUUUAUUUAUUUUGUAAUAACAGCACAGAAACUAUUAUAUAAAUUUUGAUAUUAAAUUAUGCAAACUGUGAUA